AUGACCUCGAGAAGCGGCAGCGUCCACGAGCUGACGAUCCUCCUCUCCGCCCUCCGCCGCGCGCGCCGGCCCAGCGGCGCUCACGCCGCGCAGCUCCACGCGCGCCUCCUCGUCUACGCGGGCGCGCGCCCGCACCCCGUCCUCCUCACGCAGCUCGUCUCCCUCUACGCCGCCGCGGGCCGCCUCGCCGACGCGCUCCGCGCCUUCCGCGCCCACCUCCCCAGCGCAAACCUCCGCACCUACACCGCCCUCGUUUCCGCCCUUGCGCGGCCUCACCCCGGCAUCGCCUUCUCCCUCUUCUCGUCGUGCGCGCGCCGCGGGUCCCGCCUCAUUCCCCACGCCAUCUCCGCCGUCCUCGCCGCCUGCGCCGGCCUCCCACCCGUCUACGGCCGCCAGGUGCACGCGUGUGCGGCCAAGGUCGUGCCGCCUGGCGACAUGUUCGUCUACACCGGAUUGGUGGACGUGUACUCCAAGGCCGGGGACAUGGCGGCGUCCAGGAAAGUGUUCGACGAAAUGCCGAGCCGGGGCGUGGCGUCCUGGAACGCGCUCGUCGUCGGUUACGCCAGGAACAAGAUGUGUCUUGACGCGCUAUUGGUUUUCAGGGAGUUGGGAGCGCAGGGGCGGGAGGUGCCUCUGGAUCAGGUAAGCGUGUCGAGUGUGCUGAGCGCUUGCACCGGAGCGGGGGCUGUGGACUUUGGUCGCCAGGUACAUGCGUGCGUAACCAAGGUGGGGCUGGAGCUGAGUGCGGUGUGUGUCAGCAACGCCCUUCUUGACAUGUACACCAGGUGCGGCUGCUCACGAGAAGCUUUGGUUCUGCUGGAUGAUGUGGAGUGCAGGGAUGUUGUCACUUGGAACAUCGUCAUUCAUGGUUGCAUUCAUAACAAUCGCUUCAAGGAAGCUUCUAUGCUGUUCCGUUCCAUGGUCAGGGAUGGUGUCUUGCCCGAUGAUGUGUCCUUUGCUACUGCAUUGCAAGCAUCAGCAUCUUUGUCAGCAUGGGCUCUAGGAGCAAGCAUACAUGCCUCUGUUGUAAAGACAGGGUUCUUGGACAGUCAUGGCCUUGCUUGCUCGCUUGUCACCAUGUACUCCAAAUGUGGUUUCUUGGAUGAUGCAUGCCGAGCAUUUGAGGGAGCAGAAGAUCACUUGUGUGUAACGUUGUGGACGGCCAUGAUCACUGCACUGCAGCAGCACGGACAUGGAGUCCAGGCAAUUGAUAUGUUCGAGACAAUGCUAGAGAACGGCAUCCCUCCUGACCACAUCACAUUUAUUAGUGUUCUCUCCUCUUGUAGCCACAAUGGACUUGUUGAGCAAGGUCGCAAGUACUUCAAUUCAAUGACUCAAGUUCAUAAGAUCACACCUUGGAGUGAGCACUAUGCGUGCAUGGUCAACAUGUUUGGGCGAGCAGGCCUUCUUGGCGAGGCGAAGAAAUUAAUCAACCAGAUGCGAGUUAAGCCAGAUGCAUCACUCCUAGGAGCGCUACUUGCAGCUUGUAUGAACUGCAGGGACCUUGAGAUGGGAAAGGAGGUUGCUAAGAAGUUGUUUGAGGUUGAACCAGGCAAUACUGGGAACUAUGUCCUGCUUGCUAAUAUCUAUGCAUCACAUGGAAGAUUGGAGGAUGCAGAUGAGGUGCGCAGAUGGAUGAUGUACCAAGAGUUAAGGAAGAUGAAGGGAUGCAGCUUAGUCAACAAUGAGAACCAAACCUGUACGAUACCAAUGCUUCACUAA